CUUUCUAACAAAUACCCUCCAACACCAACAAAAACAUUCAAAAUCCCACAAAUGCCUCCUCAAGUUCCCGGACCAACUAAACCCAACAAGAAGUUAUACUUCUUCUACGGUCACCGCAAACCCUCCCAGAACCGCCCAACCGUUCGUGGAGGCCUCUUUUCUAAUCGCGAAACCCUCACAAACCGUUCGAAACCCAACAAGACCCAACCCUUUGACAUUAGUAAGUGGGACCCUCACUUGCUCUCCAACCCAAACCCCGCACCAUCACCAGAAGCCUCGUUCUCAGCCUCCAUACGCCUAUCUCCGAUCGCGCGUUUCGUGCUCGACGCAUUCCGCAAAAACGACGACAAUUGGGGUCCUGACGUGGUGUCGGAGCUCAACAAACUCCGAAGGGUGACCCCCAAUGUGGUUGCGGAAGUGCUCAAAGUGCAAACCAAUUACACCAUUGCUUCCAAGUUUUUUCAUUGGGCUCGCAAGCAGAAAGGUUACAACCACAAUUUCGCUUCCUACAAUGCCUUUGCGUAUUGUUUGAACCGCGGCAAUCAGUUCCGGGCAGCAGAUCAGCUCCCGGAACUGAUGGACUCGCAGGGCAAACCGCCGAGCGAGAAGCAGUUUGAGAUUUUGAUUAGAAUGCACUGUGAUGCCAACCGAGGGCUUAGGGUUUAUCACGUUUAUGAUAAGAUGAGGAAUAAGUUUGGGGUGAGGCCUAGGGUGUUUUUGUAUAAUAGGGUUAUGGAUGCAUUAGUUAGGACGGGGCAUUUGGAUUUGGCGUUGAAGGUUUAUGAUGAUUUCAGGGCGGAUGGGCUCGUUGAGGAGCGCGUGACUUUUAUGGUUUUGAUUAAGGGGCUGUGUAAGGCUGGGAGGGUUGAUGAGAUGCUGGAGGUUUUGGGGCGGAUGAGGGAAAAAUUGUGUAAGCCGGAUGUGUUUGCGUACACUGCUUUGGUUCGGAUUAUGGUUCCAGAGGGGGAUUUGGAUGGGUGUUUGAGGGUUUGGGAGGAGAUGAAGAGGGAUGAGGUGGAGCCAGAUGUCAUGGCUUAUGCUACCCUGAUCACGGGUCUGUCUAGAGGGGGGAGGGUUGAGGAGGGGUAUCAGUUGUUCAAGGAAAUGAAGAGUAAAGGUUGUUUGAUUGAUAGAGCGAUAUAUGGAUCGCUGAUUGAGUCAUUUGUGGCAGGGAAUAAGGUUGGCUUGGCUUUUGAUUUGUUGAAGGAUUUGGUGAGCUCAGGGUAUAGGGCUGAUUUGGGGAUCUACAAUUCCCUUAUUGAAGGUUUGUGCAAUUUGAAGCGGGUUGAGAGGGCUUACAAGCUUUUCCAAGUUGCUGUUCGGGAGGGUCUUGAGCCGGACUUUGUAACCAUUAAACCAUUAUUGGUGUCUUAUGCUGAAGAAAAUAGAUUGCAAGAAUUUUGUGAGUUGGUCAAGCAGAUGAAGAAAUUGGGUUUUUCGGUUAUUGAGGAUCUCCCCAAAUUUUUCUCCCUCUUGGUGGAGAAGGGGGGACCGAUGAUGGCAUUAGAGGCAUUUACUCACUUGAAAGCAAAAGGUUACGUUAGUGUUGAGAUAUACAAUACUCUUAUGGAUUCUUUUCACAAGAUUGGUGAGAUGAAGAAAGCAUUAUCACUAUUUGAUGAAUUAAAGUGCUCAAACUUGAAACCUGACUCAUUUACAUAUAGUGUUGCGAUUCUAUGCCUUGUUGAUCUUGGUGAAAUUCAAGAGGCAUGUGCUUGUCACAAUAACAUCGUUGAGAUGUCAAGCAUCCCUUCUGUUGCUGCUUAUAGAUGCCUUGCUAAAGGUCUUUGCAAAAUUGGAGAGAUUGAUGAAGCCAUGAUGCUUGUCCGGGAUUGCUUAGGCAAUGUUACUAGUGGACCAAUGGAAUUUAAGUAUAGUCUUACCGUUAUUCAUGCAUGUAAAUCAAAUGAUGCUGAAAAGGUGAUUGAUGUAUUAAAUGAGAUGAUAGAACAAGGUUUCCCUCCAGAUAAUGUCAUAUAUUCUGCUAUCAUCUCUGGCAUGUGUAAGCAUGGAACAAUUGAAGAGGCCAGGAAGGUUUUCUCAAACAUGAGGGAGCGCAAUUUCUUAACAGAAUCAGACACAAUUGUGUAUGAUGAAUUACUAAUUGAUCAUAUGAAGAAAAAAACAGCAGACUUGGUGCUAUCAGGUUUAAAGUUCUUUGGUCUAGAAUCUAAAUUAAAAUCAAAGGGUUGUAAGCUGUUGCCAAGUUGAAGACAAUUGUGGAGACUGUUCUCAUUUUUUUUCAACAUGUUGAAUGCAGAAAAACAUUUACGGUCAGCCAUUGUUUUAUUUGGUUCUUGAGUCUCUUCCUUCUGGUAUCUGAUAUAUUCAAUUUAGUGGCUGUGAACACUAAUAUAUUACCGAGAAUUAGGCAUGUGUUGCCAGAUAUUGUUGCAUAUCCUAUAACAACGGACAGUUGCAUGAUGGAGGUCCUAACUUCUGAGUUUUCAUAGAUUGCAUCCUUUAACAAACCAAGUCACUCAAGAAAGGUCAUUUGACAUCAAACCAUAGCAUAAACUCCUAUUUCAGAAGCAUGUGAGUAGCUUUUACAAGGACGAGCUAUGGUUAUACUCAUCAUACUGGACUACCUGCCAUUUCUGCUAUUGCUGCACAACUUAACUGUGGACGAAAGCAUGGUUGUGAGAUAACCCUGCUAGUAAUAGAGCAAUCCAAUUUAUUUCACCUGUUCGAGAUGUUGAAUGUUCUGAGGAAACAACAAAUGUUUGUUAAUAAAAAGAAGUUCCACUUCGCCCAAUUGUCUGAGAAUACAUUGGGCACAUCAUUUCUCAAGCAGUAGACAUGGAUAACAAAUUGGCCAACUCAGCAGCAGUACUCUAUCUCAAUUCAACAACAAUAUGUAGUAUAAAGGACUUGGAACAUGUCUCGCAGUUCAAUCAGUGGAAGAGACCUUGACGUCAUUGUGGUUCUUCCACAACAGCCUGAGCCUGAUGAUAUACAACUGUGUUUGGAACCCUGCUAGACCGAAGUAAGCUUUAACUGGGUAGAGACGUAACCUUACCAGCCCAUGGUUCAAAGAUUAUGCCUUGGGCUGUUUCCUUGAACCCUGUGACUUUGGCCAUGAUAACCCUGAGAACCACAUGGUUAUGGGUUGCAUGUUCAGAUGCGGAGAGAAUGCUAAGGAUACUAUAAUCAAAUAAACACUAAUACAGUCUUAUCCGAUUUAGACAUGUAUUAAAGAUCAAAUUACAUUGACUGUUUUCUGUGGAUGUUUGGGUGUGGUGCUUCAAUGUUUUUGUAAUUUCGAUUCAUUUUUGUUACAAUGGAGGUAAAGCUCUCCUAAUAGUUUCAAGUCUUGUAAUUUGUAUUAAUGGAUUUCAAUUUAACAGGGAAUGAUUGCUGCUUUAACAAAUGAAAGUGCCACUGCUGCAACGCUAAGGGAUCCCAGAUCUGAAAUUCAUAAAUGCUCGUCUGUAUUUUUCAGCAUUUCAUUAAUCGCACUUGGUUGUAGUACUGUUGAAAUUUUGAUAAAAUGAUUUUCAAGU